AUGUUUCUCUUGUAUAUUCCAAUUUUAUUGUUAUCAGCGGUAUGGAUUUCUUUCCAAUUGAAGCUACUUUGGAGGAAAGAGCCCAGAACUAAAUACAAGUCAAUUGGAUCAACGUUUGAAUGGGCAAAAUGUGACCCGCUCCGAUUGUAUCCUUUUGUAGGGAAGAAGAAUUUCAAUCCUUCGAUGGGUGUGAGAAAUCUCUCAUCCGAGCCAGAAUGCCUUUUUCUUAUCGAGAAUACGUACCUAGACUGUGUGAAUCUCCGUAAAAAGAACAUGGUUGAUUUUGAAGAGAAACUCGUGCAUUGCAACGAGAAUUCUCGCUCAGUAGAUGCUGUCCGUGAAUUCUACGACAUGACUGUCGACUUCAUGUGUCAGAGGUACCCGCAGUACUUUAAAGCCAAUCUGGCUGGUGGUUAUAUUGAUAAUACUAUUACGGGAUCGAGGCUUCCAUUAUAUUCGGCAAAUGAAAAUCCGAGAUCUCUAUUGAAAUUCCUCGCGUUCAAUAUCGAGGAAGAUUUCCUUAUCAUGCUUAAAGAUGAUCCAGGUGACGAAGACGAAGAGUAUGUGUUGAGAGCUUCGCUCACUGGACUGCCUGCCGGUUUCGAUCCCUCUCAUAAUUUUGACAAGCCCAUUUCACAUAUUCAUGGUCCCGUUCCUCAAUACAGUGGCCGUUUAAGAGCUCCAAUGCACCGCUUUUUUAACAAAAUUCAAUCAAAAGACAUCUGGCAACGGGCGAAUUGGUCACUACAAACCAACAAUGAAUUUUUCAAACUAGAAAACCAUCAUGCUCGCGAGGGCGAUACGAUCAUUGAACUACGGUCGGACCAGAUUGACUUCGAAAAGGGAUGUUAUCUUAGGUGCGAACGACAAAUACUUACGAGGCUUCCGAAAUCGCAUGCGGUGAUUAUGCUUGUGAGGACAUACCUUUCUCCAAUCAGUAAAGUUAAAGCCGAUGGCGUAGCUCAUGACUUGGCAACUGCGAUUGAGUCCUUGCCAGACGACCUUGCCUUCUAUAAACGAGCAGGGGUUUGGGGCAAAGCCGUUGUAUCGUAUUUGAGAAAUUAG